AUGGGGAGGAAAAAGAUCCAGAUCCAGCGGAUCACGGACGAGCGCAAUCGUCAGGUGACCUUCACCAAGCGCAAGUUUGGUUUGAUGAAGAAAGCGUACGAGCUGAGCGUCCUGUGCGACUGCGAGAUCGCCCUCAUCAUCUUCAACCACUCCAACAAGCUGUUCCAGUAUGCCAGCACCGACAUGGACAAGGUGCUGCUCAAGUACACCGAGUACAACGAGCCCCAUGAGAGCCGGACCAACGCGGACAUCAUCGAGACGUUAAGAAAGAAAGGUUUUAACGGCUGUGACAGCCCGGAGCCCGACGGCGAUGACUCGAUAGACCAGAGCCCCUUGAUGGAGGAUAAAUACCGUAAAGGCAGCGAGGAUCUGGAUAUCCUGUUCAAGCGCUAUGGUUCCUCAGUGCCGGCUCCCAACUUCGCCAUGCCCGUGACGGUGCCGGUGACCAACCAGAACACGCU